AUGAGUGGCGGAUUGGGCCAACGGCCACUCUCAGAAGUGAGUCCCAUGGCGCAACGGCGUAACUCGCCCAUUUGGAACCAAUCCGGCAAGAUCACGACCGGCGACUCGACAUAUGAUGUCUCACCUCUCAACAACAAUGCUUCCCCGCGUCUCUUCUGGAAAGGUCGCGAAUCCCCUUCUCCAACCAAGGGUGUCGAGAAUCACGCCCCGUACGAUCCUGAGAGUUGCGUCCUCCCCGCCCGGAGAGCAUCCCUCGAGAACCUGAAGCGCGCAUCUCGCGUCAAGAACCACGCCAUGUUGCGCGAUGGCCAGGAAUAUGACCCUGCUCACGUAUCAGUUCCUCAAAGACCCCUUGCCGCCGACCGGUCGCCAAACCGAGAGAGCCAGAUGAACCUCGCCAAAUCUCAGUUUGUGGAUGAUGAAGACCUUGGUGAUCUCGGCGACCAAGUACCCAGACCGCACUCCCCAGCAAAGAACAACCAUCACCAGGAAAGUCGUCUCUCUUCCAAGGGCAGCCGGUAUGGCAAGGGCUUUGACCCCCAACACGACAUUUGGUCGGAAUAUGAUAGCGCUGGUCACCGACAUGCUAAGAGCGUAACAUUUGACGUUUCGCCGCCCCAAAUUAACGAAUACGAAAUGCGCACUCCCGACCUAUCCUCAGUUGCGUCCGAAUCGCGUGAGCCCAGCUACGACUCCGAGGAGGACGAUGAUGUGAGCAGCUUUGAGCACGACUCCUUCAUGGACCGUGAUGACAGCUUCGAUGCAUCCCUAGAAGAUAUCGAGAAGACUCCCGUUGUCUUGCCAGAGGAUUGGCGUUUCAUGAGCCCCGACAGCAACAACGGAGAGGAAGACUCAUUCGUGGAGCACACGGAAGAUCAGAACGACAGUCGUCCCACCUCCCGGGACGAGGUGGGCAGCCAACACUCGCGCGUCGAGUCACUCGACUCGAAUGGCGAACGCCGGCCCUUACCACCACUGCCAUCUGUGAACCGGUUAUCUGGCUCUCGACCUUCGUCACCUGAAAAACUCGCGGCCGCCUUCGAAUUGGGUAGUGGUGGCCAGCGGGUAUUGCCUUCAGCGCCGGCGGCAGCUUCGUAUACCAAAUCUGAUAUCAACGGCGGCAUGUCUUUGGAGGAGCGACUGCGUCUCAUGAUGUUGAAUGAUAAAAAGAAGAAUGAGGAGCUGAACGCGAGCCAUCCAAAGACGAUGUUUUUCUCUCCUCCACGCAUCUCGCGCGACUCUAUCCUGCGCGAUAUCCGAAAGGGUGACAGCUUUGAAGAGGAUGUAUAUGAGGACGAGGAUUCUCACGUUUCCGAAGAUGCUCAUCAUUUCGACAAAUAUGACCCCGACGUGCCUAUUCCUUCUCUCGAAACCGAGUAUGACGACGAUGACUCUUCCAGUGUGAUCAUCAAGGAAGAAGCCACCGAUGAUGACCUUUAUGCCAUUCCCGACUACUAUCAAAACUCUUCUGACCACAGCUUAUCAUCGCGCGACCAACGAGCCACCUAUGAUCAAGAUAGCAACUACUCCCUGCGCUCUGCCGCCGAAGCCGCUCAGGCUGCUGCGUUUGAUGAUGAGGAUCGAGCCUCAAGACAAACAACUCCGACGGGAGGAGAAGAUGUCCAGGCUCCCGCUAACCCCCUCUCGAAGGGAAUGGAUGAUUCUGCUGCCCCCAGGGAGUCGCAGGCCUUGGACAUGGCCUCCAUCCGUCAAUCCUUGAAUCGGCCCGUCACUCCUGAGAUCAAGGAGGAAGAGCUCUCCGAACCGUCUACACCCGACUCUGUGAUCCGUCACCCCAUUCAAGACGAGGAGGAUGAGGAUGCGGAAUUCUCACAGGAUGAGGAAGAAGAAGAUCAAGAAUUCAGUUCGUCUGAUGAAUCGGUCCCAGAGCCUAUUGCCACGAUCAAGGCUCCCGGCCAAGGACUGAAAACUCGCCCGUCGCUCACCCCAGCCGAUGUCGAUGCUAUGGCCGCAACACGUCGCAAAAUCAGUGGCCAACACGCUCCUCCCGUUCUAGACAUGCCGAAACAGACUCCUCAGGAACCCGAGACGUCUGACACUGAAGAUUUGGACAAAGCAACGGACCUUCCUCCUCAGCUCACCCUCCCCACUUUGACUCAGCGUCAGUCUAGCUUGAUGCAACUGGACAUCCCGUUCAGCAUUCAGGAGGAGAGUCUCGGCUCCGGUCUGAACAAGGAAUUUGACCGUGUCAUUGAGUCCCAAAAGGUUGCGUUUGCCCUCGCCAUUUUCCAGCUUGAAUCCAGCCCAACGCCAGCCCCCAAGGAAGAACCCUCACUGGCUCCCCUAUCCCCAGGACUUUCAAGUUUCAUCAAGUUUACACCGCAUGCUAACACAUCCCGUCCACAGAGAGGCUACCUCAUGCGACAAAACACCAAGGUUGUCAUUGCUAACAAUCGCAACGAUGACGAGCCCUCGACUCCCGUCGAUCGGACUAGCAAUGACCCCCGAGGCACCCGUUCUGCCGGAUCUUCCCCUCGCAAGGCUAGCCAGCAGACCUGGACCACAGUCCCUUGGAAUGGCUCCACACGCCGUCCAAGUAUCAAGAUGGCUGGCGCGAUUCCUAAAAAGAAGCCGGUCCCAGGAGUAGGAGCUGUACCUCCCCUUCCUGGUCAAUCAAGUAACGUGCAGCAACCUUCUGCGACCAUUGAGGAGAACGAACCGGUCUUAAAUGAGGCCUUUGAGGAUGGCGAGGAACGUGGCCGUCUGUUUGUCAAGGUCGUUGGUCUUAAGUAUUUGGAUCUACCUAUGCCUCGUGGCGAACGAUCAUACUUUGCCCUUACUCUAGACAACGGUCUCCACUGUGUGACCACAUCUUGGCUUGAGCUCGGAAAGACUGCCCCAAUCGGCCAGGAGUUCGAGUUGAUUGUGCAGAACGAUCUUGAGUUCCAGCUCACUCUCCAGAUGAAGGUCGACGAAGCCAAACUCUACCCUCAGGAGUCUGCGAGUUCCCCCAAUCUCUAUGACCGCCUGCGCAAUCUCGUCGCCCGUGAUGGAAGCUUCGGCCGCGCUUACGUGGCUUUGAGUGACCAUGAGAAGAUGGCUUUUGGUCGCCCUUAUACAGUUGACAUUGCCUGCUUCAAUGAAUGGGCUGUUGACGAGCACCCGAGCAGCGUGAAGAGUAAGAAGAGCGCAACCAGUAUGACUGCCCAACGUCGACCACCUUAUAAGAUUGGCAAACUAGAACUUCAGCUACUCUUCGUCCCAAAGCCCAAGGGCGGCAAGGAUGAUGACAUGCCGAAGAGCAUGAACGCCUGCAUUCGGGAAAUGCGGGAUGCUGAGAGUGUUACUGCGCGAAGCUUUGAGGGAUUCCUCUCCCAGCAGGGUGGUGAUUGUCCUUUCUGGCGCCGUCGUUUCUUCAAGCUCGAAGGCUCGAAGCUGACAGCCUACCACGAAACCACUCGCCAACCUCGCGCGACAAUCAAUCUCGCGAAGGCAGCCAAGUUGAUCGAUGACCGAUCUUCUUUAGUUCAGAAGGAGACUAGCACAAGGGGAGGCGGCCGUCGCAAGUCUGCAUUUGCAGAGGAAGAAGAUGGGUAUAUGUUCGUGGAAGAAGGCUUCCGAAUUCGCUUUGGAAACGGCGAAGUUAUCGACUUCUACGCGGACAGCGCGGUUGAUAAGGACGGCUGGCUCCGAGUCAUGUCAGAAGCUGUAGGCAAGGGAGCCACUUCCGGCAACGGUGCCAUGAAGCCAUGGGCCGAUCUUGUGCUCCGACGCGAGCGCAGCAUGAAGUCACGCCGCCUGACCACCGAUCGUCUCCCUCCACCCAGCAGUAUUCCGGUUGCCCCAUCAUCUCCUGUUGGCAAGCGACAAAGUGUUGCGAUGGGACCUCCAGCUUCAGCAGGAACGGGGGCGCAGGCGCCCCAAUCCCCGCGCCCGCGACCAUCGGGACACAAGCACACUUACUCUCAACCUGAUAUCGGUACGGACGCCCGUCGCCAGAAGACCCGAUCCCUCAUGUUUUGA